CGGCCAGGGCCCCGGAGUCAGCGCCCGGUGCCCCAGCAGGAUGUACACGCUGCUGUCGGGGCUGUACAAGUACGUGUUCCAGAAGGACGAGUACUGCAUCCUGAUCCUGGGCCUGGACAAUGCCGGGAAGACGACCUUCCUGGAGCAGUCAAAAACGCGGUUUAGCAAGAACUACAAGGGGAUGAGCCUCUCCAAAAUCACCACCACCGUGGGUCUGAACAUAGGCACUGUGGACGUGGGGAAGGCCCGGCUCAUGUUCUGGGAUUUAGGGGGACAGGAGGAGCUGCAGUCUCUGUGGGACAAGUACUAUGCUGAGUGCCACGGUGUCAUCUACGUCAUUGAUUCCACGGAUGAGGAGAGACUGUUGGAGUCCAAGCAAGCUUUCGAGAAGGUGGUCACGAGUGAGGCUCUGGACGGUGUCCCCAUCCUGGUGCUGGCCAACAAGCAGGAUGUCGAGACUUGCCUCUCCAUCCCGGACAUCAAGACUGCAUUCAGCGACUGCACCUCCAAGAUAGGCAGGCGGGACUGCCUGACCCAAGCCUGCUCAGCUCUUACGGGCAAAGGGGUGCGAGAGGGCAUUGAAUGGAUGGUGAAGUGCGUCGUGCGGAAUGUGCACCGGCCACCGCGGCAGAGGGACAUCACGUAGGUGCAGCUGGCACCUGGGGCCCACACAGCUGGUGCCUGAGCCAGAGGAACACACCUUUCAGCUGGAGUCACAGAUCCUGGGGCUGGGGGCUGGCUUUGCCUUUGGGUUUUUUAUUUGCUUUGUUUCUUUCUCCAAGACAAACUUUUCUCUGUGUCCUGAAAAGUGUAGGCACCCAUAGGCUUCUGCCAGGGGAGUGGGGGCAGCAGGGCCUGCAGCUACCUCAGGCCUGGACCCCACUUAAGGCCCGGGUUUUUAGCUCUGUAGGUGCCCUUUGGAUCUGUCACCCCAGCAGGCUUGCCUGCCUGGCCUAGGGUAGGGCUUCAGGGCAACCUGGUUAGAGGUGGGGUUUUCCAGAGGCACAGCACACCCAUGGAGGAGGCUGGUGGGGCCCUGGCAGUCUUCCACCACCUCUGGUCAUGGAAGUGGGCUGGUGUCACCUUCAAGGAGGCCUAGCUUACAUUCCUGACGGGCAGCAGGGCCCUGGGUUCAUGGCAAGGCUUUAUCUGACUGGGAAGCCAUGUGUUCACUCCUCCACACCAUUGGCCCAACAUCAGAGAGGUGGGAAAUGUUGGAAGUGGGAGUCCCCCUAAACAUACCUGCCACCCACCUGGGACAACCAUGGUUGCCAGCUCACGGGCACAUCAGUGGGAGGGUGGUUGGCCUGGGCAUGGGGGUAUUGGGAAGGUGGGCUGGGUCCCCAUGUUGUCUGGUUGGUGGUGAGCUGCACCUGUGUUCCCAGCUGAGGGUGAAGGGUGGGAUUCCCUUCCAGGCCUGUGCCCAGCAGCAGGCAAAGCUGGUCUUGAGGACUCUCCUCGCACGGCCCCUGUGGGAGCUGGUGACACCUAGUAGCCCUGGCCAUGGGUGUGUAUAAAAAAUAAAGGUGGUCUGAGUGGCUCCUGUG